ACUUAUUAUUUUUUUAUAAAAUGCCUCCUAACUUUAGUCUAAAUAUUAGCCGUUUAGUCUAGUCUAAUCUAAAAACAUAUUAAAAGUCUAACAUCCCUUCCGUUAUCGACUAACGGCAAAGGUUAUUUUGUUGGCCCUGAAAAUUGACGACAUCUGCCAAGAAAGCAGGCGCCAAAAGGCAAAAUGUGGCGGAACUGACAGCAUCCUUCCACCACCACCGACGCGGCUGUUUUACGCUACUUCCACCCUUUUAAAUGACAAUUUCAAUGCCCUCCUUAUACCCAUUCUUUUAAUUCUCUAUAGAGAGAGAACCAUAAUAAAUCCUUGUGAGAGAGAAAGAGUCCUCCUCGUAAGGAAAGUAACGUAAUCGACGCUUUCACGAGAUUUGUAAUUUGCCACAAACACACAAACAGAAAUAUAUUUAUAUACAUACUUUGAAGAGAGAGUAACCCGAAAGCAAAGUUAGCUUUAGCAGAGAACACACACUGUAUAGAAGCAAAGGCUAGAUAGAGAAUCCAAUUGAUCAUCUACAUUCCGUGUGUGUGAGGCAUCUCCACAAGAUUCACGAUAUAAUUCAUAAUUGAAGAACUGGAUUGCUUUGCGGCGAAAUCACGGAUUAAUUCGGAUUUGAGAAGCAUAAUGCCAGAAAUUGUUGGAAUUCACGAUCACGAAAGAACAAAAAGAUAUUAUUUUGAGGCAUCCGAGGACGAAAAGAGAAGAACUCGAAUCAGAUCUUUGAAAAAAAGGGCAAUGAGUGCUUCCACAAAGCUAACGCAUACGCUCAAAAGACGUAGUAAAAGAGUCGCUCAUUGCCGAUUUGCUUCCAUUUCAACUGAGGAUUUUCGAGACGAGAAGGAAGAGGAGGCAGUGAAUACAUUUCGCCAGGCCUUGAUGGAAAAGGAUCUACUUCCCGCUCGUCAUGAUGAUUAUCAUACUAUGUUGAGGUUCCUAAAAGCAAGGAAAUUUGAACUUGAUAAGGCCAUGCUAAUGUGGUCUGAAAUGCUCAACUGGAGGAAAGAACAAGGAGUAGACACGAUUAUACAGGAUUUUGCCUAUGAGGAAUAUGAGGAAGUUCAGCGUUAUUACCCUCAUGGUUACCAUGGUGUAGACAGAGGAGGACGACCCGUCUAUAUUGAAAGACUUGGCAAGAUUGAACCUACUAAACUUAUGAAUGUUACCACAAUAGAAAGGUUCUUAAAGUAUCACAUCCAAGGGUUUGAAAGAACUUUUGCUGAAAGAUUUCCAGCAUGUUCGAUCGCAGCUAGGAGGCAUAUAGAUUCAUCUACUACAAUUUUGGAUGUACAAGGACUGAAUUGGAGGAGUUUUGGGAAGCUUGCCCAUGAUUUGGUCAUGCGCAUGCAAAAGAUAGAUGGCGACAACUACCCAGAGACAUUACACCAGAUGUUUAUUGUCAAUGCUGGAAAUGGAUUCAGAUUUCUGUGGAAUACUGCAAAAGGAUUUCUUGAUCCAAGGACAACAGCAAAAAUACAUGUAUUGGGAAACAAAUUCCAGAGCAACUUAGCAGAAGUCAUAGACCCCAGUCAAUUGCCAGAUUUUCUUGGAGGAACCUGCUCAUGCCCAAAUCCAGAUGGGUGUCUUAGGUCGGAUAAAGGACCCUGGAAUGAUCCAGAGCUGAUGAAGCUGGUCCAUGCAUUACAUGGUGAAGCACUUUAUCCCAGAAGAAUUACAAGUUUCUCCGAUAGUGAUAUCGAAAUCAAACCAGUUUCUCCACAGUUACUACGCAAUGAGAUUGGUACUGCAGAACCUGAGGUGGAAAUGGGGGCCUCUGCUUACAGUAUCAUCCAAUCAAAACAACUUUCUGACAAAGUACCAACAAGAAGAUCUGUUUUAUUUGGAAGCUUAAUUCAAGAAGAUUAUGCGCCUAUGCUUAUAGAUGAUGAUUUGAAUUCUCCAAAUCGAGCUACCGUAUCAGUACAAAGAAGGUCGCCUGAGAAAUCCAUCAUUAGCUUGGUGAUUCAUAUGAUGGUGAAAUCACUUGCAUGGAUAUGCUUCUUGUUUCAUGAGGUGGGUAAGUUGUUUGUAAAGAAUAAUGAUGCAAACAGAUUGACAAAUGGACAGAUAUCAGUGAGUGCGAGUUCUGCCGAGCAAAAUGUUUCUUCCCCGAAAAAGGAGGAUCUCCUCCAUCCGUGUUGUCAGAGGUUGCAACAUUUAGAGAAGGUGGUGGCUGAUUUGUUGAAGAAACCUACCAAAAUUCCUCAGGAAAAAGAUCACAUGCUGCUUGAUUCAAUGGACCGCAUAAAGUUCAUAGAGUAUGACUUGCAGAGGACGAAGAAAGCACUUCUUGCAACAGCAUCGCAACAAGUAGAGCUUGCUGAAUCCUUGGAAUCUUUGAAGGAGAACAAAUUAAAAGCAAACUCAUGUUGGCUGAGAGGCAGGCCUUCACAAUACAAAACCUGAUUUGGGUGGGAACAACAUUGAUGCCUUAGGUUGAUCUUUAGAUUCGUCAGCAAUUUGGAUUCAAUCCUCGUAUAUACUCGAGACGAAGUAUGCAGGUAAAAGGACCAUGCCGGAAAUAUACACAAUGGGCUUUCGAGUUGGUGAUAGAGUAAGCUUGGCUAGAAUGUUGCACGCUGCCUCAUUUUUCUUUAGAGGCGGGAGUGUGAUGUUAUAGUUGGAUUACAUUCAUAUUUGUACAUAAUUGACGUGUGAGCAACUAGUUCUGGACAUCACUUACAUACUUGCUGUACAGAACGACCACGAAUUUAAUGCAUAGCUAACAAAAUUGUUGUCUGAGAUUCUCAAAUUUGUUAUGAAAUAUUGCUUAGUAACUUCCACUUAAACCAACUGUUAAACAAUAUAUUUAAAAUAAAUGAUUUGAAAUUUGGUGUGCUCUUCUUGAACGGGUCAGUCUCUUAGUUCAUUUCACAUGCUGUCCUAGUGGGAAGUGGUACCAAGCGGCAGGAUUCGGUACUCUGUUUUGAAGUGACCAAGUAUAAAAGCAACCUACGUGGAUUUGGAGGGAGUCCCAACAAUCCGUUCCCAGAGAUGGUUACUUCUGUACUACGGUCAAUUUAGCAUGGAUUUUAUAUUCAUUCAUUGUGAACCUUCGAUGUAACUUACCACUGAGUUGUGUAAUAUAGAAAUAUACUGUAGCUAUUUAUGAAA